UUUUCACUACCACGAUCAUGCAUUCAUGAUUCAAAUUCAUAGGAACACGAAUAUAAGGAAGAGAAAAUUUUACAAUUCUGAUUAUCGAUAUAUAAAACACUUUUUAUGUCGUCAUUAUCUUCUCAACCAUCAAAGAAGGCAAUGCGUAACCCCGGUGCGCCAAACGCGAGCCAACAAGGUGGGAACCGGAAUGCGAGCGGGAGCGGGCAAACUGUGAAAUUCGCCCGUCGAACGUCUAGUGGGCGAUACGUCAGCCUAUCGAGAGAGGACUUGGACAUGUCCGACGAGAUAUCCGGCGACUACAUGAACUACACCGUCCACAUUCCUCCCACCCCGGACAACCAGCCGAUGGACACUUCAUCGGUGGCGGUGAAAGCGGAAGAACAGUACGUGUCGAAUUCCUUGUUCACCGGUGGCUUCAACAGCGUCACCCGCGCCCACCUCAUGGACAAGGUCAUCGACUCCGAGGUCACUCAUCCCCAGAUGGCCGGUGCCAGGGGAUCUUCCUGCGCCAUGGCUGCUUGCGAUGGGAAAGUCAUCAAGGACGAGCGUGGCAAUGAUGUCAUCCCUUGCGAGUGCAGGUUCAAAAUCUGCAGAGAUUGCUACAUGGACGCUCAAAAAGACGGCGGGUUAUGUCCAGGAUGCAAAGAGCCAUACAGACAUGGCGACUACGACGACGAUGUGCCCGAUUACUCCAAAGGGGCGCUGCCAUUGCCUCCACCGAACAAAGGAGAUUCCAGCAACAUGUCCAUGAUGAAACGCAACCAGAAUGGAGAGUUCGAUCACAAUCGUUGGUUAUUCGAGACCAAAGGCACGUACGGCUAUGGAAAUGCCUACUGGCCGCCUCCGGAUGACGUGUACGGCGACGAUGGUGGUGAUGAGGGUUUCAAUGGCACGUCCAUGUUGGAAAGGAACGACAAACCUUGGCAGCCCCUUAGUCGAAAGAUGUUGGUCGACUCCUCGAUCCUCAGCCCUUAUCGCCUUCUAAUCGUGAUCCGAUUCGUGGUGUUGGGGUUCUUCCUGCAAUGGAGGAUCACCCAUCCUAACAGAGAUGCAGUGUGGCUGUGGGCUAUGUCCAUUACCUGUGAGCUCUGGUUUGCCUUCUCCUGGAUUCUUGAUCAAAUCCCAAAACUCUGCCCCGUUUAUCGACUGACCGACCUCGAGGUGUUGAAGGAAAAAUUCGAGAUGCCAUCUCCAUCCAACCCCACUGGCCGCUCCGACCUCCCAGGUGUGGACAUGUUUGUCUCCACGGCAGAUCCUGAGAAGGAACCGCCGCUCAUCACUGCCAACACUAUUCUCUCCAUUUUGGCAGUCGACUACCCUGUGGAGAAGCUGGCGUGUUACAUAUCUGACGACGGAGGUGCGUUGUUGACAUUCGAGGCCAUGGCAGAGGCUGCAAGUUUUGCAGACCUAUGGGUUCCCUUUUGUCGAAAGCACAACAUCGAGCCGAGAAAUCCUGACAGCUACUUCAGCUUGAAAGUGGACCCAACCAAGAACAAGAGCAGAUCCGACUUUGUCAAGGACAGGAGAAGGAUGAAGCGAGAGUACGAUGAGUUCAAAGUGAGGAUCAACAGCCUGCCGGAUUCGAUACGCAGGCGGUCUGAUGCUUUCAAUGCCAGAGAAGAGAUGAAGAUGUUGAAGCACAAGAGGGAGAGUGGGGCUGACCCAUUGGAACCCAUCAAGAUUCAGAAGGCUACGUGGAUGGCGGAUGGCACCCACUGGCCCGGAACGUGGGCUGCUUCGGCACCCGACCAUGCCAAAGGAGACCACUCUGGGAUUCUGCAGGUCAUGCUCAAGCCGCCUAGCACCGACCCUCUGAUGGGCGGAUCCGAUGACAAGAUUCUCGACUUCACCAAUGUCGACAUUCGCCUCCCGAUGUUUGUCUAUGUGUCGCGUGAGAAGAGGCCAGGGUACGACCACAACAAGAAAGCUGGAGCGAUGAACUGCUUGGUGAGGGCGUCUGCGAUCCUCUCCAAUGGCCCGUUCAUGCUGAAUCUUGAUUGCGACCACUACAUUUACAACUGCAAGGCCAUAAGAGAAGGCAUGUGUUUCAUGAUGGAUAGAGGUGGGGAGAACAUUUGCUACAUUCAGUUCCCUCAGAGGUUCGAAGGGAUCGAUCCUUCUGAUCGGUAUGCCAACAAGAACACCGUCUUCUUCGAUGGCAACAUGCGUGCCCUCGAUGGCCUGCAAGGUCCGGUGUACGUGGGCACGGGUUGUAUGUUUCGGAGGUUCGCCCUCUACGGAUUCGAUCCGCCGAAUCCUGACAAGACUCAGCCCAAGGACGACUCCUCCUCCGCCGAGACGCAUCCCUUGACCACUACCGAUUUCGAUCCCGAUCUCGACCUCAACCUGCUGCCCAAAAGGUUCGGCAACUCGACGAUGCUAGCUGAAUCCAUACCCGUUGCGGAGUACCAAGCUCGACCUUUAGCUGACCAUCCUGCUGUCAAAUACGGACGCCCUCCUGGCGCUCUUCGAGUCCCCAGGGAGCCGCUCGAUGCCACCACUGUCGCUGAAGCAGUGUCUGUAAUCUCUUGCUGGUACGAGGAUAAAACAGAGUGGGGAGACCGCGUGGGGUGGAUCUACGGCUCAGUGACAGAGGACGUGGUGACAGGUUACCGAAUGCACAACCGCGGCUGGCACUCGGUCUACUGCGUCACCAAGCGAGACGCAUUCCGGGGAGGAGCUCCGAUCAACCUGACGGACCGGCUCCACCAGGUGCUGAGGUGGGCGACGGGUUCCGUCGAGAUCUUCUUCUCGAGAAACAACGCCUUCCUGGCCUCCAGGAAGCUCAUGCUGCUGCAGCGACUCUUCUACAUCAACGUCGGCAUCUACCCAUUCACGUCCAUCUUCCUGAUCGUGUACUGCUUCCUCCCGGCGCUGUCGCUCUUCUCGGGUUCCUUCAUCGUGGAGAGCCUCAACAUUGCUUUCCUGGUGUACCUGCUGAUCAUCACCUGCUGCCUCAUCGGCCUGGCCGUCCUGGAGGUGAAGUGGUCGGGGGUCGGGCUGGAGGAAUGGUGGAGGAACGAGCAGUUCUGGCUCAUCUCUGGCACCAGCGCCCACCUGGCCGCGGUGGUGCAGGGCCUGCUCAAGGUCAUUGCCGGGAUCGAGAUCUCGUUCACUCUGACUUCCAAAGGAGCAGGGGACGACAACGACGACAUCUACGCGGAGCUGUACCUGGUGAAGUGGACCUCCCUCAUGAUUCCUCCGAUCGUGAUCGCGAUGACCAACAUCAUAGCCAUGGCGUGGGCGGUCAUCAGGACGAUCUACAGCGCGGUGCCGCAGUGGAGCAAGCUGGUGGGUGGCGGGUUCUUCAGCUUCUGGGUGCUGGCGCACCUGUACCCUUUCGCCAAAGGGCUGAUGGGGAGGAGAGGGAAGACUCCGACCAUUGUGUUUGUGUGGUCGGGCUUGAUAGCCAUCACGCUCUCUCUUCUGUGGAUUGCUAUCAGCCCGCCGGCCGUCGUCAACACUCCGACGCAACCCGGUGGCACGGGUGGUGGCUUCCAGUUCCCGUAAUAAUCCUCCAGCCCAGCUGUGAGGGGCUCGUAUGGAAAGCUGCAGACUUCUUAUAUAUGCUUUUGUUUUUUUUUUUUUUUUUUUUUUUUUGCUGUAGCUCUGUAUACAUUUCAAUACCAGACAGACAAACAGGCAGGCAGAGACACAAACAGGGUCACACAGGGCUUGCCCUAAACCAAAGCAGAGUAGAAACUAGCUCUUUUUAAGUUGUUAUGCAAUCUGGUUUGUAAAUUAGGGAAGAAGACAUGGGAGAGGAGAUUCCAGUUUUCAUCUGUAACUCACUUCUUUCAACCAUUUUAAAAACGUGUUAUGUCAAAUGCUUGGCAGAGCCUUGUGGAAUGAAUGCAUUAUGUUAUGUGUUGCAGCAGAAAGAAA